AAGAAUAAGGAAGGAAGCAUAACAGUGACAUGGGAGAAUCUUAGAGUCACUGUUCCAAAUGGAAACAAAAGGAAACCUAUUCUUGAGGGUCUUACUGGUUAUGCUCAACCUGGAAGGCUUUUGGCUAUAAUGGGCCCUUCUGGCUCUGGAAAAUCUACACUUCUUGAUGCUUUAGCAGGAAGAUUAAGCUCAAACAUAAAGCACACUGGAAAAAUUCUAAUCAAUGGCCACAAACAAGCACUGGCUUAUGGAAUAUCAGGCUAUGUAACACAAGACGAGGCUAUGCUGUCAACGUUAACGGCCGGGGAAACUUUAUACUAUUCAGCUCAGCUUCAAUUUCCAGAUUCCAUGUCAAUAGCAGCAAAAAAGGAGCAAGCAGAUCUUAUACUCAGAGAAAUGGGCCUAAUAGAUGCUGUUAACACAAGGGUUGGAGGAUGGAGUUCUAAAGGUCUAAGUGGAGGACAAAGGAGGAGACUUAGCAUUUGCAUUGAGAUUCUAACGCGACCGAGACUUCUCUUCCUUGAUGAACCGACGAGCGGACUCGAUAGUGCAGCUUCUUAUUAUGUUAUGAGUAGGAUUGCACGUUUAAAUUUAAGCGACGGCAUUCGAAGGACUGUUGUUGUGUCCAUCCACCAACCUAGCAGUGAAGUUUUUGAACUUUUUCAUGACCUUUGUCUUCUGUCUUCUGGUGAAACUGUAUAUUUUGGUCCAUCCUAUGAUGCAAAUCAGUUUUUUGCUGCAAAUGGUUUUCCUUGUCCAACACUCCACAAUCCUUCUGAUCAUUACUUAAGGAUAAUAAACAAAGAUUUUGAAACGGAUGAUGUUGAAGAAGGCUUUGGUAAGGGAGUAACCACAGAAGAAGCAAUUGAUAUCCUUGUAAAGUCUUAUAAAUCAUCUCGGAUUAGAAAAAAAGUUAAAAAAGAAGUUGCGAAAAUAAGUAAAAGUGACUCUGGUGCAAUAGGGAAGAAGAGGACUCAUGCUGCAUUUAUCACUCAAUGUCUUGUACUUAUAAGAAGAUCUUCUCUGCAAUUGUUUCGAGACGUAGGAAACUACUGGCUUCGUUUAGUUGUCUUUGUUAUAAUUGCUAUAAGCAUUGGUUCUAUCUUCUAUAACAUUGGUUCAAGUAGUGGAUCAGGAUCUAUUCAGGGUAGAGGUUCAUUGCUCACAUUUCUUAUUUCAGUUCUCACUUUCAUGACCCUUGUUGGUGGAUUCUCUCCUCUUUUGGAGGAAAUGAAGGUAUUUGAACGAGAAAGAUUGAACGGACACUAUGGUGUAACUGCUUUUCUGAUUGGAAAUAUAUUUUCUGCUGUUCCAUACAUUCUAAUGAUCUCUCUAAUUCCUGGAGGAAUAGCAUACUACCUAUGUGGAAUGCACAAAGGACUAGAACACUUUGUAUACUUCAUUUCAUUGCUAUUAGCCAUUGUGAUGUGGGUUGAGAGUCUCAUGUUAGUUGUUGGAAGCAUAUCACCAAACUAUGUAAUAGGAAUGUUCAUCACUGGUGGAAUUGAAGGACUCAUGAUACUAACAGCUGGAUUCUAUAGAUUACCAAAUGAACUACCUAAACCACUAUGGAAGUACCCUUUAUACCAUAUAUCAUUCCUCAAGUAUGCAUUUCAAGGAUCAUUCAAGAAUGAGUUUGAAAAGUUGAAUGUUUCUAUGGAGACCAAAACUAUGAGUGGUAGGGAAAUAUUGGAUGAGACAUGGCAUGUUGAAAUGGGUUACUCUAAGUGGGUUGAUCUUGUUAUCAUGUUUGGUAUGAUUGUGUUGUAUAGAGUUUUGUUCUUGGUCAUUACUAAGAGUAAGGAGAAGUUGAAGCCUUUUGUUGCAAAGCUGACACGGUCAGCCCGUAUUCAGGAAAAGGAUCAAUCAAUGGUCAACAUUAUACCACAUGAUAUGUUGAUUCCUAGCUUUGGCAAUCCACUUUCAUCUAUUCUAGAAAGCAAAUAUCCAAAUAUAUUACACAACUUGAAUGAUCCAUCUUUUUUUCAAGAGAAAGCAAUAUUAGCUCCUAAAAAUACCAUUGUCGACGCCCUUAAUGAUUAUAUGUUGGAUUUAAUACCUGCAGAAGAAAAAACUUAUUUGAGUUAUGAUUCUCCAUGUAAUGUUAGGUCAGACAUUAACAUGUCAGAUGAUGUGCAUACUCCUGAAUUCUGA